AUGCCUGCUGUUGUGGGAAGCCUUGGCCAGCUAUGGAUGGGAUUGUUGCUUUUCUGCUCAGCUGGAAGGCUAGCAGCUAUCAAGAAGUCUAUCAUUACCUUGAAUCCCCAAUGGAAUCCAAUAUUUGUAAAAGAGAGUGUGACACUUAUAUGUAAUGGGAAUACAUCCUUUCAAGCUAACUCCACUACAUGGUUCCACAAUGACAUAAUGUUACCACAGAAAACUUCAAGUUUGGAAAUUGUGAAUGCCAACAUCAGCAACAGUGGGGAAUACAAGUGUCAGGACCAAAAACAUACCCAGAGCAAUCCUGUGGUCCUGGAAGUCUUACCUACAAAAUGGUUGCUGCUUCAGGUAUCUGCUAAGGUGGUGAAAGUGGGUGAGCCACUCUUCCUGAGGUGUCACAGUUGGAAGAAUGAGGAUGCUUUCAAGGUUAUCUACUACAAGAAUGGCAAAGCCUUAAAGUACUGGUAUGAAAACUUCAACCUCUCCUUUAACAAGACUACACUUGAAGAUAGUGGCCUCUAUAAUUGCACAGGCAUAAUUCUUGGCCAUAAUCAGUCUUCUCAGUCUCUCUACAUUACUGUGAAAGCUCCAAAAAUCAAGUGGAUACAAUUCAUUAUACCAUUACUGGUGGGGAUUCUGUUUGUUGUGGACACAGGAUUGUUCAUCUUGACUAAGAAGCAAUUUCAAUCACUUUUAAAGAUGCAGAAGAUCAGAAAAGACAAUAUACCUAUUAAUCCAAAACCCAAGCCAGAUCCCAAAGAGAAAUGA